AUGGGCGACUGGUCAUUCCUGGGCCGGCUUCUUACUGAAGUCCAGAACCAUUCCACCGUCAUUGGCAAGAUCUGGCUCACCGCCCUCCUCAUCUUCCGCAUCCUCCUGGUCACGCUGGUGGGGGACGCGGUCUACGGGGAUGAACAGUCCAAGUUCACCUGUAACACCCUCCAGCCAGGCUGCACCAACGUCUGCUACAACAGCUUCGCCCCCAUAUCCCACCUCCGUUUCUGGAUUUUCCAGAUCGUCCUGGUGGCCACGCCCUCCAUCUUCUACAUCGUAUGCGUGAUGCACCAGGUGGCCCUGGAGGAACGGAUGGAUGUGGAGAGGGACCGUCUACUGGAGCUGUGGCAAAGACAGACAGUCUCUCGGCAAGUCUUUCCGAGAUCGGUCUCUGGGCUCCUGGUGCCCUCCGGCUCCUUUGAGAGCCAGAGCCUAGAGGGGGACGAGGUCCUCCCAAAGCAUGUCGGGUCCACGGCUCAGGACCCCACCCAGUUGGCCAACCGGGUGUUGAUCAUUUACAUCGCCCACGUAGUGCUGAGGUCCUUCCUAGAGCUGGGAUUCCUAGUGGGGCAAUAUUACCUGUUUGGGUUUGACGUGCCCCAUUUAUAUCGCUGCGAAACCUACCCAUGUCCCACUAAGACUGACUGCUUUGUCUCCAGGGCCACAGAGAAAAUGAUCUUUCUGAAUUUUAUGUUUGGGGUGGGGCUUGGCUGUUUUCUUCUGAACUUGGCAGAGCUGCAUUACCUGGGCUGGUUCUUCACCUUCCGGAUGCUCUUCAAGGCUUGUGUCAAUUGCUGCCAAUAUCUGGGGAAGGCUUCCCCACCCCACAGGCCCUGGCUCCUACCUCUUCUGGACUCUAGUCAGGAGAGGAUGCCUCUUGAGGCCUCCUUGCUGCCUGCAUGGGGGUCAGGGCAUACCAGGCCACAGCAUACUGUGAUCCCUGUGACUAUGGAUGCCGGGCAGUCAGCUUUGGAGGGACAUACCAACCACAAAUCUAAACAAGAAAAGCCCUCCAAAAUGCCCCCCCGAAAAAAAUCCUGGUUAUAG